GAACUUGCUGCGGAGCUGCAGCACUCGCCGAGCUGCGGGACAGCAAUAUCCGUGAGAAAAUUGCAGCCCCGAUGGAGUCGCCGUAUCCCGCCGCAAUGUGCUCGGCGCGAGUGUAAUUUUCUGCGGAGGAAACGAUAGCGUUUCUAGCAAUCAUAGGUGAAAUGAGAAUAGGAGAGUUGCUGGAUUCUCGGCGUCAACGCAACCAAGUCCAUUUUGUCCGCCUGGAAGAAGAAAUGCGCCGCCUAGGCUACACUUGGACGUGGCAACAGUUUAGGACGCAUUGGAAAAAUUUGAAGGGGAAGUACAACAAAGAAGUGGAGUUGCAGAAGCUGAGUGGCGCGGCGCCGUCAAAGUGCCUCUGGUACAGUGAAAUGAGUGCUAUCCUUUCCCACCGUUCUAUGGUUGAAGCCCAGGAAUACGGCGUGGAUAGCGACGCACUCAGCGAAGCUCAGAAGAGCCAAACACCAAAAAGAAGUGAUGCCGACAACUGGCAGCCUGCAUCUGAAGGCAGAGCCCAGUCACCUGACGACACAACUCAGUCGACUGAACGCAUUAGCGGCCACUCGCCUCAAGGCAGUUCAACUUCAAGCAAUGAUUGGACCAGUUCUGCGCCACCAGCAAAGCGGCCCAGACGGGGAAAGUUAACGGAGCUUGCUGAGCUCAUGCAAGAACAGCACAGCACAAAUGCCGACAUGCUUAUGGACCGUGCUGAACUUAUGUUCGAGCAGCAAAAGGAGUUGAUGAAAGAAAGCAAUUAUUCUUUCAAAGAAACAAUGACAGGAAUAACUGCAUCGUUCCUGCAAGGAACACAAGAUAUGUUAGCACAGCUAAUCAGUCAGCCUCCACAGGUAUCUGUGCAGCUAUCGCCAGCGUUUACGAUUCCCCCGGUGUUUCAGAAUCCCACAUGGGCUUUUGGACAAGUACAAAACCAAUAUAAUCAGCCUGCGCAGUGAAGCAACGCCACA